GUGGACUUCACUCGGGGACAGCUCCAACUGCAACCCGUGCAAGCCAGCCUUACCCUCGACCUCCGUCUGUCUCACACCGGUACCGCGCACCGCCGACUCGUCUUUGUUUCGUUCCUUCUCCCCAGUCUUGUCUCGACUUGAACCCGGCAACCGUUUCGAUUUCCGGUUACGCUGCCAAGUGGUACACCCUCCGCCCCGACGCGUGAGCGCCGUCAUCAUGACAGCGCGCCCCGAUCUGCGCGUCCUCUGCUUCGGCGACUCGCUCACGGCCGGCUACUCCUACUGGGGGAGCGUCCAUCACCCGUACAACGAGAUGCUGGAGAACAUGCUGUCCAUGGCAUACCCGGACCUGAAGAUCGUCACGGUCGAAGAUGGGCUUUCCGGGUCGACCGUCAAGCACGAGUUUCUGAGCCGGAUGAACACGCAGUUCGCCGCGCCCAAGAAGAAGAAGCAGGAUGAGGGCCCUGAUGGGAAACGGUACGACUGGGCCAUCGUGCUUGGAGGGACAAAUGAUCUCGCCAUGGGCUUCCCCCCGGAGGAUAUCUUCGAGACUCUCAAAGAAGUCUGGGACGUGCCGCUCUCGCACCAGUGCAAGGUCCUCGCCCUCACAGUACCGGAGGCGGGCGUGACAGGGGAGUCCAGGGAGCGGCUUGACGCCCGGCGAGACAAGCUCAAUAAUCUCAUCAAGGGUUACAAGCGGGACAAUUUCCACGUCUUCGACUUGCACAAGGCUGUCCCCUACUGGGGUAUGUCCGAGUCAGACCGCAGGAGAUACUGGGACGACCACAUCCAUUUCACACCCGCCGGCUACGACUUGAUCGGCAACAAGGUCGGCAUUUCACUGGUCAGCCUCCUCGCGAUGGAAAAGGCCAACUCCCCGCAGCGGCCGCAAAAGCGCAGGCGCAUGUUCAAGGACGACGAUAAGGAGUUUGAAGAAGAAGGCGGAGACCCUUCAGCCAUCAAUCAGGGUUACGUGGUGGUACGGAGGGCGGAUUUGGACUAGAUGGUACUCCUCCUUUGAGUGACGAGUCAUUAUUGAUCGGGAUGCACAGAUUAGGAUCGGGUUAAACUGGCGUUUUGGCGUACGGAACUAACGGCAAGAAGAGGCAGGACUCUUGUCCGGGGAUAAGAUAACACCAGGGAUGGAUUUCUGA